AUGCUCCGCACGCGCCUCGCACGUGCCCUCUCUUCCUCUCCGCCAUUCCCAUCCUUGCUUCGCUCCUUCGCUUGCUCGCCGCCGCCGCCGCCGCCACCGACGAUGGUGACCCUCGUCGUCGCCACCACCGCCGACCCCGCUUCCAUCGGCCCAGCCUCCGCCCUCCUCUCCAUGCCCGGCUGGUCCCCUGGCCCCUCCCUCCCUGAUGGGAUUGAGAGCUACGUCAAUGGCGACGUGCGGAUGGUCAAGCAUAGCAGCAGUAUCGUUGCUGAAGAUGACCUUGAUCGCCGAUGGGAGGCAUUCGCUGGGGAGCCCGUUGCUGAGACUAUCUUCCUCAGUCGCCACACUGCCGUCUCCUCCCGCCCUGCACUUACUGUUCACCCAAUUGGUGUACCGCAUUUGAAGGACGGUGAUGUAUUGGUGGCCGGCGGGAAGCCUGGGUGGGCGGGGCUACCGAAUCCGAGGAUUGGGCCAUGGCUUCGGUUGCUCAAGAAGAUCGCUGAACGGCAGGGACUUGUCCCUGAGUUUGAGGUAACUCUAGAGGCAACUCAUCAUGGACCUGUGGUUAGCACGCCGACCAUGUUUGUGGAGAUUGGCAGCACCAAAGAAUGUUGGGGAAGACAAGAUGCAGCUCAAGCUAUUGCUUUGUUAUUGUGGGAAGGGCUAGGACUUGGAGGAGGUGAUGGUGUUGGAAAUUGGCACAGGAACAAUGAUAAUCAAAAGGUUCUUCUUGGACUUGGAGGUGGUCACUACGUACCUCGUCACAUGGAUAUUAUUCUGAAGGACGGUGCAUGGGUCGGGCACUUACUAUCUGGGUAUUCAUUGCCGAUGGAUGACCCGAACCAAAAGAAAGAACAGAAUAAAGAGAAAGGAGUUGGCGGAACAUGGAAACAAGCAAUCAAAGUUUCUUAUGAGGCUACUCAGCAAGCUUUUCCAGGGGGAGUAAUUUUGGCACAUCUAGAUCACAAGAGUUUUAAAAGUUGGCAGAAGAAUGCCAUCACAAGUUUUCUAGCAGAGCAAAAUAUUCAAGUCGGGAAGCCUUCCGACUUCUUUUAACAUGACCACGUUACUUCUCUCGUCUGAAUUACUAUAGCUUCUGCUAUUAUUUUCAUUCAUGAAAGUCUAUUCAUGAAUUAUCAUAUAUGUUCGAUUGCACGAUCGGUUUAUACAGAGUAAAUGUAUCCUGGAAGAAAUUUAACAGCAUUUGGUUGAAUUUUUUGAAGAAGAAAAGGUGAAGAAAUUGAAGCUCUGUUAUAACCAAAGGAUUGGGGGAUUGCUAUGGCAGGAACUUUCUGUGAAUUGUGACAUGGAAACACUUGUAAGAAGAUUAAUGCACUAAAUAAACACAAGAACAUCAUUACUCUUGGCUAUUUACCAGAUCAG